AUGUCAGUAAGAAGGCAUUCUCAAGAUAUUUUGGGAGAAGUGCAGACUCCGGGAGAUGCUGCUGAAAGAGAUUUGGCUGGUGACGCUCAGUGGAAACUAAUUCAGAAGAACACAUUUACGCGUUGGACCAAUGAGCAUUUGAAAACAGUGAACAAACAUGUCGUGGAUUUGGAAACUGAUUUGUCUGAUGGUCUGAGGUUCAUUGCUCUGGUCGAAGUCCUGAGUGGCAAAAGAUUUACUAAAUUUAACAAACGGCCAACGAUGAGAUCUCAUAAGUUGGAAAAUGUUACACUGGCUCUUGAAUUCUUGCAAAAAGAAGAAGGAAUCAAGAUAGUGAACAUAGACAGCUCAGCAAUUGUUGAUGGCAAAUUGAAGUUGAUUCUCGGAUUAAUAUGGACUCUUAUUCUUCAUUAUUCCAUCUCAAUGCCAAUGUGGGAGGAAGAAGGUGACAAGGCCAAAAAGACUGAACAGACACCGAAACAGCGUCUUCUUGGUUGGGUUCUCGGGAAGGUCACAGAUGUUCCUGUCACUAACUUCACAACCGAUUGGAACGAUGGCAAAGCCAUUGGUGCCCUCGUUGAUGGAGUUGCACCUGGUUUAUGUCCUGAUUGGGACUCUUGGAAUCCUAAAGAUAAUGUUUCGAAUGCUACUGAAGCAAUGAAUGCAGCUGAACAGUGGCUCGAUGUGCCACAGUUGAUUAAGCCUGCUGAAAUGUGCAACCCGAAAGUCGAUGAACUGAGCAUGAUGACAUAUUUAUCACAAUUUCCCAAUGCCAAAUUAAAGCCUGGUGCUCCUCUUCGACCUAAGACCAACCCCGCAAGAGUUCGUGCUUAUGGGCCAGGUCUCGAUGCCGCAGGAAACAGUGUUGGAGCACCUGCAAGAUUCACUGUUGAAACUUUCAGUGCAGGACGUGGAGAGCUCGAUAUCGCUGUCACUAAUCCAAAUGGAGUUAAAGAACAGUGUGAAGUUAUAUUCAACAAAGAUAGGAAUCUGACAUAUUCCUGUCAUUAUACGCCAACCAUGGAAGGUCAAUAUUCUGUUGUUAUCAAAUUUGCAAAUCGCGAAAUUCCCAAAAGUCCAUUCAUGACAAAAGUGGAGGGAAUGGCUGGAGACCCUACAAAGGUCACUGCAUCUGGACCUGGCUUGGAGAAGACUGGGGUGAUGGUCAAGAAGCCGACUUACUUUGAAGUGCACACCAAAAACGCGGGGACAGGCGUAGUUGACGUCGUCAUUGUGGACUCGCACGGUCACAAGGACUCAACGAAGGCCGUCAUAACGAAAAAGUCGAACGAUUUGUGGUUCAUUGAGUACAAUCCAGUCGAAGAUGGACUGCACACCGUCAACAUCCUCUUUGCUGGCAAGCCCAUUCCCACCAGUCCCUUCGCCGUCGCCAUCUCACCUGCUGUUGAUGCCAAAAAGUGCUUCAUAACUGGGAGAGGAGUGCAGCCGAAUGGUUUGAGAAUUGGCGAUGUUGCCGAUUUUAAGGUGCACACAGCAGGAGCUGGCGAUGGAGAAUUGAAGGUGCAGAUCACUGGUCCUGGAGGUGCGGAAGAAAAACCAAAAAUUAAAAAAGUUGAUGCAACCACGUACGAGUGCAGUUACGAGCCACACAGAACUGGAGAGUAUACAAUAAACGUGACGUACGGAGGUGACCACGUCUUCAAGAGUCCAUUCAUGGUGGACGUGGCACCGCAGAGGCCGACAAAGAUCAAAGCUUAUGGACCUGGACUGCACGGUGGAGUUGCUGGAUAUCCUGCUUCAUUCACGGUUGAAACUAAUGACGAAACUGGCGGAUUAGGAUUUUCAAUUGAAGGACCAUCACAAGCCAAGAUUAAUUGUAGUGAUAAUCAUGACGGAUCAGCUUUGAUUAGUUACACUCCUACAGAGCCAGGUGAGUAUGCAAUCCACAUCCUGUGCGAUGAAGAGGAUAUCCACAUGUCACCAUGGAUGGCAAUCAUCAAGCCCAAGCCAUCUGAUUCGUUUGACCCAUCAAAAGUUAAAGCAUAUGGACCAGGGCUGAAGAGCAGUGCCGCUGUUAAUGAGCCAGUUGAGUUUGUUGUCGAUGCUAAAGGAGCGGGAAAUGGAAAGUUGUUUGUUGAAGUUUUGGAUGAUGAGCUGAAGCCAGUAGACACUUUGGUGAAGGACAACAAAGAUGGUACUUACGCUGUCAAGUUCAUUCCUAAGAAGGCUGUCAAGCACGUUGUUGUAGCCACAUUUGGUGACGUUCCCAUCAAUGAAUUCCCAUAUAGGAUAUCCGUUCAUGAACCAAGCAACCCCAACAAAGUGAAAGUUUACGGAAAUGCCCUGAAUGUGCCUGCUAAAGUUGGAGAGCCUACUGAAUUUUCCAUCGACUGUUCUAAAGCUGGCCCUGGUGAUGUGGGCAUCAUCCUGCUGGAUGACAAGGGCAAAGAGGUUCCAUUCCAAAUCAAGGACGAACCGAAUAAUUGUUUCAACGUAACAUUCACCCCAACUCACGAUGGCGUGCACAAGGCUCACGUUCAUUUUGCCGAUCAGGAGCUGCCAACCAGUCCCUUCAAAAUUCCUGUUGAAUCUAGCAUCAAUCCUCAGAAGGUCAAAGUUAAUGGUGAUGGAAUUAAACCAACUGGUGUGCUAGCCAGUCUGCCUGUGCAGUUUGUUGUGGACGCCUCAGAGGCUGGUCCCGCCGAUAUUGAUGUUGUCAUUCAGGAUCCUGACGGUCACAUAGUUCGACCAGAAAUCAAGAAGACGGCCACUCCGGGCGUGUACAACGUCACCUACACCCCAGAAAGUGUUGGAGAAUAUGUCAUUCCCGUUAAAUUUAAUAAGGAGCCCGUUCCCAACUCUCCAUUCAAAGUCAAAUCUUUACCUGUUGGAAAUGCUGAUAAAGUUAAAUUUGUUGACGAAGUUCAGCCAGUGGUGGCAGUCGGCCAGCCGAGCACAAUAAAUCUGGACCCCUCGAAAGCGGGCGAUGGCCAGGUGACCUGCCGCAUCAACAGCCUCUCCGACGACGACGUCGACAUCGACAUCCUCGAUAAUGGAGAUGGGACGAUGAGCAUCGUGUACACACCUACCAAGCCUGGCGAUUAUGCGCUGGAGAUUAAGUUCGGAGGCAAACCUGUUCCUGAUGGAAAAUUUGUUCAGAAGGUUUUUAAAGAGUUUGACCCGGCAGAUGGCAGGGAGAGAUGGAAGAAGGUUGACAAAAGCACCUGGGAAGAAAAUGAUGUACAGCAUUACGAGUGGUCCAGUAGGGAUCGUAAGCCCCAGGAAGUUAAUUUCAUUGAAGCAAGCGAACCACUUUUGAGUAUUAAAGGUGAUGACGGAGGACCAAAAAUUGAUGAAAGACUGUCCUCUAUCAUUGGCGAUGAUAAAAGAUUGGUAUUGACCUCAAACAAAGUUCAAAGUUCACCAUUAAUUACCUGGUCGGGAUUGGAUGUUGUUUCUAUGAAGGAUGAUGUUACUGCUAGCCCAAACGAUGGCAAGCGCAGAGAGACAACGACCAGAUUGGAAGGCUCCAAACAGGUGCACUCGGAAGAAUCUGUCUGGAUGGUCACACCCAAGUCACACCACAUCCAUAUCCAGCAGCCUCCUUAUGAUAAUUAUUCGUUGACUUCGAGAUUUCCCCAAAAGCUAUUCAUCGGCGAUAAAAACGCUUUGCCCUGCAAAGCCACAUACAAGGUUUUAAAUUCGGGAAUGGCUGACACAUUUCCUUUAAGAAGCGUUUUAAAAGUAGAAGACUCUAACUGUAUUCGUCAAUCAGACAGAAGAAGUAACAGAAGAAAUUUGAACAAAUCCAGAAGAUUACAAAAAAUAUUUGGAAGAACUAGAGGUAAUUUUACUUAUUAUAUUGUUUGUAUGAACGUGUUUGUGUCUGAUAAUUCAUUUUUUAGAGCAUGCAGCAUUCCAUUCAAUUUUGCUAGUAUGUUUAAAAGUGCACGUGCGAACAAGUGUGCACGUUGUGUAGUAACCUACAUACACACACGCGCGCGCAUGUACUUUAAUUACUUGCAAGAUGAGUUAAGUGCGUCAAAGUCAAGGCCAUUGGGAUCUAAAAGGGGACCGACUGGUGCGGACGAUGAAUACAAGCCAGUAGAGUUCAGCCUGCCUGUUGGUCCAGUUUUCAGCUUUGUGACAGCCGAAAUUGAAACUCCAUCUGGAAGAAAAGAGAAACCAACCGUGGUGGACAACCACGAUGGAACGGUGGGGGUCGUGUACACACCGUCGGAAGAGGGCCUCCACAAACUCUUUGUCCUCUACAACGACAAGCCCAUCAAUGGCAGCCCAUUCGAGUUUUACGUUUCCAGCGAGCAUUCUGGUCUCGUGUACGCAUACGGGCCCGGACUGUCACACGGAGUUUCUGGAGAGAUGUGUAACUUCACUAUCGUCACUAAAGAUGCUGGUGCUGGUGGUCUGUCGCUGGCAGUGGAGGGACCUUCGAAGGCAGACAUGCAGUGCAGUGACAACGGGGAUGGCACCUGCUCAGUCUCCUACCUGCCUACUGCACCUGGCGACUACAAAGUUAACGUCAGUUUUGACAACAAGCACAUUCAAGGAUCACCCUUCACUGCUAAAAUAUCUCCAUCCGAUGCCAGGAAGUCCCAUGCAGCUCUUGGUGGAAGCAGCGAUGUUCCGUUGAAGCUGAUGGAAACUGAUUUGUCGAGCUUGAAAUCAACCAUCAAAUACCCAUCUGGCAAAGUUGAACCAUGCACCAUCAAGAGAUUAGAUGAUGGACAGCUGGGCAUCGGCUUCACACCGACGGAGGUCGGCGAUCAUUACGUGGAAGUGCUGAAACACGGCAAACACGUUCCCAACUCGCCCUUCAAGAUCACCGUCAACGAAUCUGAGAUAGCCAACGCCAGUCGAGUGAAGGCUUACGGAAAGGGUCUUCAGGAAGGAAAUGCCAAUGAAGUCAACGAAUUUUUCGUUGAAACUAAAAACGCUGGUUUUGGUGGCUUGAGUUUGUCAGUGGAAGGACCAAGCAAGGCGGACAUGGAGUGCAUGGAAGAGUCGGAUGGAGUUUGCGUCGUUAAAUACAAACCAACGGAGCCUGGAAGCUAUGUCAUCCACGUUAAAUUUGCUGACCAGCAUAUUCCUGGAAGUCCAUUCUUAGUAAAAAUUGGUGGACAGCCGGGAGGUGUUAAAUCGGAUGAGUUUUUCAAAAAUAGAGGUCCAGGUGAUGUCACCCACGUCGGCAGCGAAUGUGAACUUGCUCUCAAAAUUCCAGGUUUGUUUUCAAUGUUUUUGGAAGCCUCUGUAACAAGUCCAUCUGGUAAGACGGAAAGAUGUGAUGUCGAAGAAGUCGGUAAUGAUCAGUUCAGCAUCAAAUUUGUUCCAAAGGAGCUUGGAGCACAUACUGUUGGUGUUAAACAUAAAGGAAUGCAUUUACCUGGUCAUCCAUUCCAGUUCACUGUUGGACCAAUCAAAGAAGGAGGAGCUCAUAAAGUCAAGGCCAUUGGUUCAGGACUGGAGAGGGCGCAAGUUGACGUGCCUGCUCACUUCAAUGUGCACACUCGUGAAGCCGGUCCAGGCUGUUUGUCCGUCGGCAUGGAAGGACCGUCGAAAGCAUUCAUUGAUUUCAAAGAUGCUUCUGAUGGCUCGUGUCUCGUUUCAUACACAUGUGAUACUCCAGGUGAUUACCAGAUUUUUAUGAAGUACAAUGAUCAGAACAUUCCUGACUCCCCGUUUAAAGUUUAUGUAGCUCCAUCAGGAAGUGAUAAGCGUUUAAAUAUAGGGGAUCUGCAAGAGAAAGGAUGUCAGCUGAACAGACCUGCAGUUUUCACUGUUGACAUGACCGGCAGCAAGGGUUCCUUGGACGCCAGGAUCAUUGCUCCUUCUGGAGCUGAAGAUCAAGCUAUCGUUGAACAGAUAGACAAAAAUUCUUGCACUGUUCGUUUCGUUCCGCACGAGAAUGGGGUGCAUCAAAUAUUUGUAAGACAAAAUGGCUUUCCGAUUGCUGGCAGUCCCUUCAAAGUGGUGGUUGGAAAUGUUGAGGCAGACCCAUCCAUGGUGCGCGUCUACGGGGACGGACUGACCAAGGGACAAACAGGUUUGCAGCCCAAGUUCGUCGUGGAUACAACAAAAGCCGGAUCAGGUGCACUGGCGGUCACCGUGGAUGGCCCAUCUAAGGUCCAACUGAACUGCAUUGAAGUUUCUAAUGGUUACGAAUUCACGUACUUUCCGUCUGCUCCCGGUGAGUACCUAAUAUCAGUGAAAUACGGCGGGGCUUCGCACGUACCUGGAAGUCCUUAUAAGGCUGUUGUUACAGGCUCAGGAAGGCCGGGGACUUGGAACGAACAAACAAAAGUUGUUGUGGAAACUGUUACCAAGUCAACAACGACUCAGAUGUAUUCUGCACAAGAUUCUCGUUUCGAUUCUGAUGCAAGCAAGGUCAAUUCAAAAGGAAUGGGACUUCAGAAAGCUUCAGCAAACAAGGAAGCCACGUUUACUGUUGAUGCUUCGAGAGCAGGCCACAACAUGUUGCUGGUCGGAGUGAUGGGUCCCGAACUCCCUUGCGAAGAAGUGUCCAUCAGAUAUUCAGGGGAUGGUCAGUACACGGUCAUCUAUCGGCCAGGAGAGAGAGGGGAGUACGUUCUUGUGGUCAAGUGGGGAGAACAACAUAUUCCUGGAAGUCCCUUCAAGAUUGUCGUGCAGUAA